CCCCUCUUCCUUCCCUGCUUGUGAUGUGGUGCCUGGAGGAAGGGAGGAGCUGCCUGAGGUGAAGGAGUGAGGAGAGGAGUGGUUUCUGAGGAGAGAGGAGCCAUGAGGGCAGGAGCACAACUGUCUGACAGUGACAGCGAUGAGACAAUAGUGGAGGGCUCGGUAACUGAGAGUGACCUCGAUGAGGAGGAGCUGCACGUGAAGAGGUUAUCUUCUAUUAAUAAAGAUGUAACCCAAAUAACUGAGGUCAUCUUUGCUGCUGAAACAGAAGAGAUAAACAGAGGUCUGGAACCUCUCUCUCCAGAGAUCCAAUGUGUUUCUAAAUUCAGUGAUUAUUUACAAAAGGUGUCUCAAGAGAUAGGCAACUCUGAACAAUCUCAGUCUCUUUUACAGGGUGAGAGAGAUUGCCCAGUGUUUACUACAACUGUUUCUCAGACUGGUCUUCAACUAAGUACUUCAGAAGAGAGAUGGCAAAAUGACUCUGGAGCUGUAGGCACUGAAGAGCCUGGAUUUUUGACAGAGCCUGAGAGAGAGAGAUUUAAUGAUGAAGACGAGUCUCCAGAAGAAAGCCUGCUCUCAGGUGCCAUUGCAAAGGAGACAUUCAUGGUUCCAAAGGAAUUGACACUGCAAAACAUAUUUCCAAGUGUUUUAAAAGAUUGUCAGAGUGCCAGCAUGAUGAUUAUUGAGCUUGAUGCCAAGGUUAAAGAUCAUUCUGUUAAUACAGAUACAGCUGUCUCAUCAGCACCCCCAGAGAAGAUUUCCAAGGAAGCGUUUACUGCACAAAGAAUAAUGGCUGAUGAAUUUGAAAUUCAAGAUUUGCUGAAACCACUCAGUGAAUCUGAGAGUCCAAAAAUGAUAAACUUUUUGCACGAUAUUCUAGAAUGUCAGGAUGAUGUUCUAUCUGUAGAUACUUUGGGUGAUGAGAAGAACAAUGCCCUCCCAGAAGAGCUUCUGACAGCACUGAAUUCUUUGUCAGAAUCUUUAGUACAACCUGUCUAUCAAUUAGCAGAGACGGAAAGAGAGCUUCGUGUUAUGGAAGAACACUUGAGAUCAGAACUCAGUAUUUCCCAGAGAGAUGACGAAUGCACGCAAAUAGCGGAUACCUUCGAGUCUUGGUUUUAUAUAGAGCAGCUGAAAGAAAGAAAAACGUUAACAGAGUCAAAGUUAUGGAAUAUAAAAGAUGAGCAGCUUGCAGGUGACCAGAAGAAAAAUGACAUAGUGAUUGCUGAUUAUCGGAAUGUCACCUCCUCUGACAGGGAAGCUAAUGAAGGGAAUUCAAGUUCAAAUAAGACUAUUCUAGGUGUAGAAACUACCAAAACAACUCCAUAUCCAUUAAGGAGAUCAGCACGAUUAAAAGAAAACUUCACUAAAAAGUAUGUAGAGGAAGCUUCCAGUUGUCAUAAAAUGCACACGGACACUCAGCAGAGGAUAUGUAGUAAUGAUACUUUAACAGGAAAUAAACAUUCAGGCCAAGAAAUUAAAAUGCAAGAAUCUGCUUCUAAGGACAGUGAAGACCAGUGUUCAGAGCUGGGAGACGGUAUGUGUAAAGGAUCAACUUUGGAUAUAAAUAACCAGGACAAACAGAUAAGGAGGAGCCAAAGAAUUGCAAAGAGAAUUGUUGAUUGUGACACCCAGGUCCCAUUCAGAUGCUGUCCCAACCAGUGUACCACCACCCGUCAUGUAGUUGUUGUGAAGGUUCUUCAUAUCCAGAUUCAGCUGAUAAUUUUCCUUUGUGCCCUAGGUUGGACUCCACUACAUGAAGCCAGAGCAACAGGUUUUUAUAAGAUAUCAAAUGAGCUUUUGAAAGCUGGUGCUAAUGUUAACUGUAAAAGAAGAGAACAAAUAACAACAAUACAAGAUGCAGUUAGAGAAGGCCAUUAUGAGGUGUUAUUGUUAUAUUUGGGCACCAGAAAGCAAAUUCUAAUCUGGAUUAAGGAACUGGAAGAGAACAAGAUUUUAGUGAUGGAACUCUCUAUUUCCCACAAAAAUAGCUACAAAUCAAGAGGCAUUGAGCCUAUUUUAGUCAAAUUUCAUGAUGCUUCUGGAUUACAGAGACAUGCAAAAAAGUUAAAUGCUCAGAGGAUAGAGGAUAGAAACCAGUACCAGUUGGGAGUAAAUUCAAAUGUCCCUGUUCAGCAUUCAGAUGUUAAUAAUGGUGAAACAGCAAAGAAAUGCUAUGUAAAACCAAGUAGUAGACAGAAUUCAGUUUCCAAUGCAAAAGUUCCUAGAAUGCUGAAUGAGAAAAAAUUAAAAGAUGCAAGACUCAUUCCAACAAAGAAAUCAGUAACUGGUUCAACAUGGACUCCAUAUAUUGAAAAGAGUAAAAAUAGCCAGAAAUUCAGUAAUCACGAGACAAAUCUGUCUCUUCUAGAUACAUCUAAAGGAAAACCUAGUACAAACCACAAAACCCAUGAUUCUAACUUUGAGUGUAACACUAGGUUCACAGUUGCUAAUUCUUCUUCCAAAAGAAUAACUGCAUCCUCUUUGCAUCAGAAUAGCAGUCCAGAGAAUGUUUGUGAAGUUUCAGAAAAAUCCAGCAUGCACCAACAGGCAGAAGUGCAACAAUGUCCUCACAUUAGCGGUAGUAUCAAUGCUCACCCCCUUUCAGAAGAAAAGGAAAAGGCUUAUAAAAAAAGCACAUCUUCAGUAACAAUAAAGGAACAGAGAAUGAGUUUACAGUACACUGCAUUGUCAGUCGCCGUAGAAGAAGUAUCUGCAGAGCAUUCUGAGACUGACUUAACAGAACCUGAUUCUCACUCGGUAUUUUCUAUGUGCAAAGAAGAUGGUGUGCCUCUUGUGAAAGCAAAGGAAUGUUUCAUGAAUCAUGAUAAUGAAGACCAUUGUCUUAAGCAUACUAAAGAGGACAGCAUGAUUGAAAAGAGUCUGGAUACAGCCAAAAGAAUACCCUCAGAACAAAUUAUUUAUUCUAACAACUGUAGCCAACAAAUUGAAUUUGAUACUGAUAGAGAAAGAAAUAAUGAGGAGGAACAAAGUUUAUAUUCCUCCUUGCCUCUAUCUGAACAUAUUUCUUCAGAGAGGAACCGGUUACAAUCAGGAAACCUAACGCCUUUUUCUGCACAGAAAGCUGUAAACCUUGCUGAAUCAGACUGUGCUUUCCUUUCUAAGCAGUAUAGUGUGAAUGAGAAACAAAAGAUCUAUAAACAUCUUUCCCAAGAUAUAAAUAACUGUUUUGGGCAAACACUUCAAAGAAAUACAGAAACACUUUCAGUACAUGAAAGUUUAGAGCCCACUAAUGGAGGUAGUGUUUUUGAAAUGCCUGACAAUUAUAGCAACAGUAUGCCAAGUCAUUUUGCUCAUCAAAUAGAUGAGGAGAUGGGGAUGGUGUUAGGCUCAAAAAUUAAUGCAGGAAGAUGUUACAUAGAGAAAACGGGAGUUGUAAAUAAUUCAGAGAGUAACCCAUCUACAGCUUUACAGCUAAAUGAGAAAGUAGUAAUGCAACUGAAAAGAAAAAGACAAGAUCUUCAGGGGAUCAAUCAAGAUACAGACUUGUGUUCCACUAGCAGUAUGGCCAAGAAUUCACUUCAUCCUUGUGAGCUAACUCAAGAAACACAGCAGGAAAUUUCCCAGAAAUCAGGUUGGACAGCAAUUCAUGAAGCUUCCAAGAAAGGAUUUACUGAGGUGAUUUUAGAGUUACUAAAAGCUGGUGCUGAUGUUAAUAGCAAAGGCCCAGAUGGAAUUUUGCCAAUACAUGAUGCUGUUUCUGGCAACUAUUUCAAGGCAGUCAGCAUUCUACUACAACAUGGAGCGAACCCUAAUGAGAAAGACAGUGAUGGGAACACUGCUUUGGAUAAAGCCUGUAGUGAUAAAAUGAAGGAACUGCUUAAAUCUUAUGGUGCUGCUGACACUGGCGUUGCUGAGAAAGUAACUGAGGUUACUGAUAUACCUCCUUCUAGAUCAAGAAGAUCACCACAGAGUUAUGAUUGCUGUAACAUGCCUGAUGAACCUUUGAUUUUGCACCGUGAUAAGGCUAGAGAGAAACAUGAUAUGCAUAAGUCCGUUAUUACUGUAUUACAAGAUAUAGAAGAGAAGCAGAAAAAACUGCUACUUUUUGAAUUAAGAACCCCCAAAGAUGCAGAAAUGUAUAUUCAGAGGCUGUCUCAGAUACAAGAUACGUUGAAUGGAAUGCUUGCAAAACAGAAAGCAGAAAGAGACAUGCUUGCUAAAAAAUACAGGGCUUCAGUGGAGUCUUUUAAACAAGGAGCACUGAGGGAACAACUUGUUCAACUUGCUUCUAGGCAAAAGAGUCUUUUGAUGGUUGCAAAAAAACAGAAGGAACUAGGCCAGAAAAUACAAAACUAUAGGAAUGCAAAGAAAACGUAUUCAGGAUGUUCAAAGAAACAAAUACCAAACUCAGUUCCUUCAACUGAAAAUGACGACAGAGAAUAUGUCACUCCUGAUAAAAGAGUGCAUCCUGAUGUAGUUACAGUUAGUAUGGGGCCUGAUGCCAGGUUGCUUAAUGGAAAUAGGUUGGAAGCACAUCUCUCUUUAGAAAGUAGAUUUUCAGCUCAGGAACACAGCCAGUAUCAGAACAGCUCCUUGGAUGAGGCAGGUGCAAAUGAAAGGGCAAUUAGAAGCAUGGUGGUUUCUGCUCAGGCUUUGGCAUCUGAAAACAUGGUGAGAGAAUGGACCUUUGAUAAGAUGUCAAAAUCAAAGUCUGCAGAUGCUAUGGAAAUGGUAACAUUGCUUUCAGAACCUGUUUGCCUUACUCAAAGAGAGUGCUCAGAGCAAAAAAAAAUUGAUUACACAGGAGUUGCAGUCCAAGGAAGCAAGUCUCCAAAUCCCAUUGCAGUAACCAGCAGAUUAAAUAUUUCAGAAGCCCAAAACAUCGUUGUCAAUAAUAAUAUCCAUCAGCCAACCACUGAUUGUCAACAGGUUCUGCCUGGUAAGCUGCAAAACUACACAAGUAGAAAUGAAGUUUCACAACAGCAACCAAGAGUGGUGUCAGAAUCCACAGAGAGUUCAUCUGUUGGUCUUCAGCAAAAUAAUAGGACCUCACCUAAUGCUAACUUGGAACCCACAAGUUUUGCACCAAAUAUAUUUUAUUCAGUAAACAUAAAUCAGAAUCCUUCUUCCCAGUUUUCUCAUCAUCAGGAGAAAGGGCAACAACUGAGCAACAGAAAAUGUAGAAGGAAGAAAUGUCAAUUGGUAGAUUUGCUUGAACUGGGAAAGAUCAAGCCAGGAGAAGAUGUUUUAGAGUUCACAUUACAGGACUUCAGUCAUAAGGCCACUCUUUUGCGAGAUGGCAGAAUCCAGACCAGUGGAAACAGAAUUCAUGGAAAUCCUGUUCAGUGGGUCAAAGCACUACUAGGAAACGAUAUUUCUGUGAGCUGGAAAUAUGCGUGGAAUAAGGUUGCAUACCUUGGGACAGAGCUGUCAAAAAUUCUGGUUGAAGAAGCAUCUGUUCCUAACAAACCAGAAGUAACAUCACAACUAAAAGAGCCUUCUGAACCUUCUAUUCAAUUUGAUUUGGUAGAAAAAUCCACAAAUUUUCUUCACUUCAGUGAGAUACUGUUAAUAAAUAAUGAAGAAUUUUUGCCAUGUCAUUUAAUGGAACAGUAUUGGAAGUUCUAUAUACAGUGUGAGGAUUUUGGAUUUUAAGAAUCCUCCUGGAGUUCAACAGAUUUUUUUUCAUCAUCAGAACUUUGAAUGUUUUAAAUUAGAUUGCCUUCAAAUCAAAUUUAUAUAAGCUAAUUUACCUGGUGGUAUGUAUGCAAAAGAUUUCUUGUGAAUACACAAGUGCUGAAUUCAUAUUUUGUAUAUUAAGAAAAUGUAGAGAUAGAGAAAAUACUUUUGUAAACUUAACACUCUCUAUGGGUUAUAGUCAAACCUUGUGUGAGUGCAACUACUUUGACUUGAGAGGCUUUGUACUUGUUAUGCUAAGGCUGAAGGUUACCCUGCACAUCCAACUAAAAAUAGUGAGUGUCAUUAUUUGUUCCUUACCUCAGAGCCAAUCUCCCUGAGUACAUACUACCAAAUAAAGAUUUGUGGAGUCACAUAAGCGGUUACAUUAAACAGAAAUUAAGACAUUCAAAAAUAGCUAGCUGAUUGCUUUCAUUUACCUAAGAUAGACACAUAUAAAUAUUUCAGAAGGUGUGUGUUUGAAAGUUAAAAGCAAAAUCUUAACCAUCUGACAUCCUUAAAUGUGGGGAUUUCUCUGAUUACCAGAUAUAUUAAUUUGAUCAGUGAAAGCACAACUGGAUGGCAAAAGUGCAAUGAUGUCACUUGCUGGUAAAAUAACUUUUCUGUUUAAAUCUUAGAGCAGCUUCAAAAUUUGCCUUAGCCUCCUGAGGCUUUAUGUUUGUUUUAAUUUCAAAAUUUGUGAGUCUGCCUCAGUAGCAUAAUUAUAGCAUGCUUGACUAUUAUGAGAGUGAUCUGCAUUAAGAUUGCAUUAUUGUUCUUUCGCUCUCUGGAUUACAAGAAAUAGAAGAGAAGCAGAAGUAACAUCUAAUUCUCUAUAGCCUAAGGACAGGGUAAGGUGACAGACAUGACAGCCUCUUCCAUUUGUUCAGUGUGACUAAUUGUUCUACAGAGGACUUGAUAGCUGCCAUAGUCAGAAGAAGGCUAUCGAGGCAUGAACUUGAGGAGUUCACUUGAUAAAUGUUAAUUCUGCACUCUGUCACACAGUAGCAAUCAUUGGUUAUAUGUUUUGAAUGGGUGAAAAAAAUGUAAACUGUCAUGAAGCCAAAAAAUUAAAGCCUGUUGAGUGAGAGUUAGUUAAUAAAGGUCAGUUUUCACAGCCAGCUGCUGAAAAAGGAAAACUGAAAGUCAAAUCAGUUUAAAAGAAAUGUUUAUGCAAACAUAAUUGUUCAUGUCUUGUUUGGGAGAAAAUAUGAGUGUUCCAGUUUUAAAAAUGACUUUUGAGAUCUGCUACUGUAUCCUUAUUUAUGGAUUUGUUUAGAGUUUUCUUUGUUAUAAGGUACUUAAUAGUGUGGUUAGUAUAUAAAAACAGUAAGGUCUUGACAUUGACACUUUGCAAUGUAAUUUUUCUACAAUGUAAUAUUCUCUAUUAUAGAAAAUAUAGUAAUAGUCUCUACUAUAGAAAAUACAAAUUUUCUAUAGUAAUAUAAUUGCACAUGAGCAAAACGUAAUAGGUGGUAUCAAACUCAUUAGACCAUAAACUGGUUCUUUAGCAAAAAUAAUUAAUAAACUUGUUUUUUAUUGA